AGUAUGACUGGACGCCCAGAAUGUUGCAAUAUUUACAGUACACGUAGACUUAUUACUAGACUUAAGUCCUUAAUUUCUUUCCAGUAAGGAGUGUCAAAUGAAGCCGUUUUUCCAAAGUUCUCUGAUUGCCGCCGUCCUGUUCAGUUCGUGGUUUGACACAAAACAAGGACUGAACACUGCCUUGAUUUUCCACUUUGGUUUGUGUUGUCUUUGAAAAUAAAGUGGGUAACCAUGGCUACUGGGGGAGGAGGUAAAGGUUGGAAGCAUCAAGGAGAUGGAACGGGCUCAGGUUCCUGGCUCUUGACAGGGCUGAAGAUUGGUGCCGCCAUUGGAGCAGCUGCCUUGGGUGCCUAUGCUGCUGUCAAGAUGUCACAAAGGGAAGAAAAGGAAACUCCAAUGAGAAACAGAUGCUGCAGUGGCUCAGAUGAUGAGGAGGAAAGGGAAGGCUCAGCGUCCCCAUCAUCUCACCCAACUGUAAGAGAUGGCCCUGGCCAACUGUCGAAACCAAAGAGGAAAACUUUGGGUAGCCUGGUGGAUGAGCUGAAUGAAUACUACACUUCUCAUGUCAGCACGUCCUCGCCUAAGACGUUGGCCAUCCAAGCACUGGUCGAGAAAACAAGACAGAAUCUCAGCAGUUACCUGAUUAGGAAUCAUCGUAGACUCAUCAAAGGGGAACUAACACCGGUAGCCUUUGACAGUUUCACCUCUAGUCAACAGACUGAAUUCGGGCUCAUGCUCCCUUUAGCUUUCAACCCCCAGAUGUGGGAGUUCAUUGAUGCGUCCGAUACAGUUCUUGAUAUCGCGGGCUUCUUCUGCGUCCGUCGCAUUAACUUGGAUUUUUUUGGAAUCGGGAAAAGCCCCUGGGACCGCUUCCUGAUUGGGUGCUACCUGUGCCCUGAGCUGCUGACGGAGUUCUGGAAGACAAUUGUAGAGCAGAUGCUGAGGGCCGAGAUGGUGCUGGACUUUUACUGCACUGUCAGAUGUGAUGCAGGUGGGGUGGAACUGAAUAUUGAAAAUCCUGUGGGCGGCUAUGCCGACAUGCUUCGCAUCAAGAUCAUCCCCUACAUGCAAGUUGACAAGGCGGGCCACCCGGUCACAAUCACAACCCAAUCUGCCAUCCACAUCCAGAACCCAGGAGGGCCAACUGACGAGAGGAUGUCCCCUAGCAACCCCCACGAGAAUCUGUGGCUCCAGUUGAGAGACGAAGAGGCUCUGCACAAGGUGGAGAUCCUGGACAGAGAUGGGGGAUGUCGCCGCAAGUGUCUGGCGAUCUUGGCUGACUUGAGGUCCUCCCAUCCGCCAUUGAAGAUGCUGUCGCUCUACGUCAUGACAACCAUCCUGCUGAAGGUCUGUGAGGAGGAGACAGAAUGGGAUGAGGAGAUGCUGGCAGAGAGGUUUUUGGAUCUUCUGAAGGCCCUUGAGGGUUAUCUGAGAGCUGGAGGACUGAGAGAUCAUUUCGAUGAGAAGAUUGAUGUCCUAGCUAGGAGCUGUUCGCUUAGACGCAUUGCAGAAUGCCAGCGGUGGUUGGCUCAUGUGUUGGAGUCCAAGGAUCGAAUUUCAGAUUUGUUGUAUGAGUAACUCUUGAACCACUUAUCAGAUGGACCUAAGGACAAUGUUUUGAAAAUUUGGUGGAGAACAUUUCUUGUUUGAAACAAAAAUGGCAUGGUAUAAUUUACAUGGCCAGAUUCCAUACAGUCCUUCAUUUUGCAAUAAUUUAUCGAUGGCUUGUUGUUUUGAUCGGUCAUUAAUCUCAAAAGUUAUACAUGUAUAUUGAUAAUUCAAUUUUUUUCAGUUAGGAAGUCAACAAAGUUUCAAAAGGUUUAUUUGUGGAAAUUUAUUGCCAGAAAAUGUAAGACGGAGGCUAUAAUUGUCAUCUGUACAGUGUGAGUAAUGAGUAUGCAGUGUUCCAUUUGAAUUGAAAAAAAAAAUGAUUACUCGUGAAACACAUCAAGAAAAUCUUUUAAUAAUAAUUUUUUGCUAUUUAAAGUAUCUGAUUUCAGAGCAGUGUUGUUAUUGGACAUUCGUAUUAAAAAAACAGAUUUGUAAAUAAAGAAAACUUCAUUAUAUUUACGUAAAUUACACUAAUUAGACUUGGGCAUGCUGUUCACAAUCCCCUCCUUCCUCAAUGCUCUUAAUGAGGAAUUCUAUAAACGUAUGUAAGUAUACUUUCAACUUCAAUCAGAGCAUUUCUAAGGCCCUUGUCAGCAAAACAUUAAUGAUCUACCCGAAUAAUUGAGUAAUAGAAGUUGCAUGUUCAUGUAUUCUUUUAGUGCAGAUCUUUGAACACAGUGUCGUUGAUACCUGUUGGAAUUAAGCCAAUUUGUGUGCAGCUGUGUCGCAAUUAUACUUCGCAAUGCGAUGAGCAGGAUGUAAGCAUAUGCUUUAAAGCAAAAUAAAUUGAGUGAAGUCUUUCAUA